ACCCCAAAGCUAUAAUCCAAAACCCAAUAAAAUCCAUGCGAAAGUGGGUCAGCAGUUGCGUUGCGAUCUAAGGAGUACUCCGUCACAGUUGCUGGACAAGGGCUGCGCUGCCCUUGCGUGGAUGUCCAUCAGCAGAGCAUUGGCCAGGGUCAAACUGGAUAGAGGGCGGUCGAGACGAGCCUUUCACAACGCGCCUAAAGUGCCGAGUAACUAAUUAGUGAUUAGUAUUUUAAGGCAGACACGCUUGGCAAGAGGAGGCAAUUAAACGCGCCUAACUUUACUCUUUACUUAAACACACACACACACACACACACACACAGAGCAAGACACGGGCCAAACAACAGUCAACAGUUAGGUGCCGUUGACCUUGGUUUAAGGUAAGGUAAGGUGGGGUAAGAGGUAAGGGGUUGUCUGGAUUUGCUUAUUCCUUCUUCUCUCCAGCUGCUGCUGCUGCGGCUGUGACUUCCGCGAUGCAAAACGUAUCUAACGGCGAAUCACAGCGAAAGUAAAUCAGAAAAUGGUUAGAUCACAGGCCCGAGAGUCUCAGAUUCUUUCACAACCAGCCGCUGAGAUGCGGAGAGCCCCAGAGAAUGCGGUUGGCUGGCUCCACUUCUAGGCCCUCGGAUGGCUGGCUGGCUGGCUGGCUGGCUGGAUGCAUAGAAGAGUGGAUGGAUGGAUGUGUUGGCUGGGCUGGGAAAACUUUAUAAAGAUCCGCUGCAGCCGCGCUUGGCUUCACACCUGCUCGCGACGCGAAGAGCUACAAACGUCCAUCGUCCACCAAGGAAGGCAAUCGGAACACACACACACAUCGAGAUAGACUCGACUAUUAUGUAAGAUUAGGCAAUCUGCAACAGACACACAUCUACAUAUCCAAGCAACUACUCGUGUGCCUCGUGUACUCCUCCCACUCGUCGGCGGUCGGUGAUUCUAUUUGGCAAGUUGCACUUGAGUGAUUUUUCGGGCUUCCAAAAAACGGAAAACAUAAUACCGAAAAACUGGAAACUCGAAAACCAAGAGACGUGCAACAUGUAAAGCAAACCCCAGAUAAACGCCACAAAAUGACGUAGACAAGAAAAACCAAAACGAAAAAUCCAAGCCAAAAAUCGCGCAAUAUCCAACGACCAUUAUUGAAAGUGAAAACCCCCCCCAAAAAAAAGAUAAAACAAACAAAAAGACAAAACGCCAGCCCAAACGUUUUGUACCGCUUUGAGUCAUUCAGUUGAGUGUUGUUUUUUCGGCACGGAUCGUCAACUUUUAUGGCUAAAGUCGCGAGGAUUUGUUAACCCACGAAAUGGGCCAAGUCAGUUGGUCAAAGUGCGUGCCGCAGCUGUGAGCCAGUGAACCAGCCAGCAGACAGCAGUCAGCUGUGAGUUGUGGGGGCGUGAAGAAAAGCAUAAACGCGUUGGAAAAGCAAAGAAAAACUUGAGCAGGUCAGUGCUGGAUUGACUUGGGGAGCAACCAAACACUGUGAAAACGGAAACCAAAACUUAUAUAAGAAAUUUGCCAGCAGUUGAUCAACGGACAUGAAGCUGUGCAGAAUGCUGAUGCAGCCGCUGCUGCUAUGUCUCUGGCUGCUGAUGCUGCUCCAAGUGCAGCAACCCAUCAGCGGCCUGGAACAAAGUACAGACUACUCGGUGGUAAGCAAAGUGGCGGCAGUGGCCACCACCACAUCAGCACCACACACGGUGGUGCCGCCACCUCUACGCAGCUUCAAGGCUCGCAUUCAGACCACGACACCAACGCCCAGAACAGCGACUGGUAGUCGCCCGCUGGCCACUGGAGCGGAGGCGCAGCAGGAGCUGGCCAGCAUCUCCUCCAAGUCGUACAUUUCGGGACCCACCACACAGGCCUCGAAGCUGUCCAAGCGUGCCGGUCUGGCAGGACCUAAAAAGUUUCCCAAGGAUGUACGUAAUCGCAGCAGCGUCGCCGUGGAGCGCAAUAAGCUGCAUCACGAAGUGCCCGAUCAUGUGCCCGACUCUUCUGGCUACAUACCGCAUCGCAUUGGGCAUCCUGUGCAUCUGGAUUAUGGCUCCACGGGUGUGGAUUCCAGUGGAGCGCCGACAGGCAGUGCUGCCGGCUAUCAUGCGCCGCCCUAUGAGGGCAACAAGUGGCACGAGGAGUACUGGGAUCAGGAAUACGCGGGCCAUCAGUUUCUGCACAACAGCACGAGAGUGCAACACAUUGAGGCGGAGUGCCAGGACGACUACAUGAAGAUACGCAUUGGCUUUAAUGGCUCCUUCAGCGGACUGUUGUACUCCGCGGGCUAUGCCUAUGAUCCGGACUGCAUGUACAUCAAUGGUUCGGGUCGGGACUAUUACGAGUUCUACAUUCAAUUGAAUCGCUGUGGCACAUUGGGCAAGAACUCGCUGCAGGAGGAGAGUCGCAAGAAUCCAACAAACUUUAUGUGGAACACGGUGACGGUACAAUAUAAUCCCCUGAUUGAGGAGGAGUACGAUGAGCAUUUUAAGGUCACCUGCGAGUAUGGCUAUGACUUCUGGAAGACGGUGACAUUUCCCUUUCUAGAUGUGGAGGUGGCCACUGGCAAUCCUGUCGUCUUCACACUGAGUCCACCCGAAUGCUACAUGGAAAUCCAGAAUGGCUACGGCAUUGGUGGGCCUCGCGUGACGGGUCCAGUGCGUGUGGGCGAUCCCCUGACCCUUAUCAUUUAUAUGAGAAGCAAAUACGAUGGCUUUGACAUUGUGGUCAACGAUUGCUACGCACACAAUGGCGCCAACAAGCGGAUACAGCUCAUCGAUCAGCAUGGCUGUCCGGUGGAUGACAAGCUCAUCUCACGCUUCAGGGGCUCCUGGUCCGAUGCGGGCGUCUACGAGACACAGGUGUAUGCGUAUAUGAAAACCUUUCGGUUCACUGGCUCCCCCGCCCUCUACAUUGAGUGUGAUGUCCGCAUGUGCCACGGACGUUGUCCGAGUCAACCCUGUCAUUGGCGCAACCUGAAGGCGGUCACUAAGCGCGACACUUCCAACAUGACGGCCACGAAUCUCUCUCUGCCUCCAUUUUCCGCCGAUGGCGAAGCCACCACGGAGAGUCCCACCACACAGACUUCGCUAUCAGAGAACGUGAACCUCUUCCAGUCGCUGCGCGUGCUGCAGGAGGGUGAAAACGAUGGCGAUGAUGUCUAUGCCCAUCGCCAGAUAAAGCCCCCAGGGCCGCAUCAGACCUGCCUGAAGACCAGCACCUUCUCAGCGCUGACUGCCGCUGGCUCAGCCCUGCUCUGUGUGCUGACGGUGACGCUUUUCAUUGCCUGCUCGCGGCUGAAGCGGCGCAAGGAGUCCACGCUCUACGACUCCUACAUAGCGCACAAGGGUCAAAUCGAUUGAUUUGCUCUCGCUGUCGCUUCAAGCGAUAGAUUGUGUAUAUAGUUUAUGUCCAACCAAGUUCUGUUCGCUCUUGUAGAUUGUAGAUUAAAUUAAGUUUUAUUUUGUAGUCUUUUCUUAGGGUUUUCGUUAUAAUAUUAAGGUUUGAUUU